CACAGAAGCUGCCUUGCAGCAACAGUGCACUCUCACACAGGUUGGCAGUCACACAGCAUCUAGGGGGGUUUUCAAAGAGACCUGCAAACAUGUCGGUGAAACUGGACGGCAACAUUUUUGUGACUGGCACCAACAGAGGCAUCGGUUUGGAGCUGGUCAAACAACUGGCCGAGAAGACAGGACCGACAUGUCACAUCUACGCCUGCUGCAGAGAGCCUGAGGGCACCGGAGCUGAGGCCCUGAGGCAGCUCGUCACUCAAUAUCCUGGAAAGAUCACUAUAAUCAAACUAGACGCAUCCGACGAGGACAGUAUGUCAGCUGCCGUCAAGACUGUGAGUGAGCGUAUCGGCGAUGCUGGUUUGAACCUCCUCAUCAACAAUGCUGCGAUCAAUAAACCUCCCCAGCAUGCGACAUUAGCUGACACUGGGAAAAAGGACAUGAUGGACGUGUACGAGACCAACGUGACUGGACCGUUUCUCCUCGCUAAGAUGUUUCUGCCGCUCCUCCAGAAAGCAGCAGAGAAAGGCUCAUCGGAGGGUGAUAAAAUGUCCUGCAAGAGGUCAGCCAUCAUUAACAUCUCCACCAUCUUCUCGUCCAUGGAGAAAUGUCCGGAGAGCUUCGCUUUUGCACCGGUGUACUCUUACAGGACCAGCAAGGCGGCGCUGAACAUGCUGACUCGCUGUCAAGCUGAGGACUUCAAGAGCCGCAACAUCCUGGUGACAGCGAUCCACCCUGGCUGGGUGCUCACUGACAUGGGAGGAGAACAGGCUCCAAUGACCACCCAGGAAAGCAUACAGAGCAUGCUCACUGUGAUGUCAAUACUCUGCAACAAAGACAGUGGGAUGCUUGUGGACUACGAGGGCAACCGAAUCCCCUGGUAGCAGCUCACCUCACAAUCCAACAUUUGCAGAGUAAACCACCUUUGUCUGCCACCUUACACACUUAAUAAUACACGAUACACAAAGUCCAGUUGCCUCCAUCUAACUACUGUAGUAUGAACUGUUGUAACUUUACUUUCAUGUGAAUAAAAGUAAGUAAAAGUGUGUAUUUACACUAAAACAAUU